AUGUUCCUCUUCCUUUUUGUGGUGCUGCUCUGCGGCCCACUGUCUCUGGCCAUCCAAGAGGCAGAUGUCGGGGUCAUAGACUGGCACACACGGCUUGUGGGCAAGCCCCUUGCCCCGCCCGUCUUUCACCACGUAGGCAGUGAAUCUGUCAUUGUCGUUCCAACCGCAAGCAACGUUCUUGCCGCGCUGAAUACGUCUGACGGUUCAAUUGUAUGGAGAUACGUGUUUGACCAGGCAGACGGACUCGUGAAUGUCCGCGUUGACAGUGACUUCGUGGCAGCGCUUUCUGGCGUAGGGGGCUCUACAUUACGGAUAUUCGAGACAAGCACCGGUGCGAUAACACGAGAGCAGAGGCUGAAAACUCCGGAAGGCAGCCCGACUGGUAUAGAUGUUGCCCAAAACAAGUUCGUGUUGAACUCUCGCAGUAUCACUCGCGUUGGAGAGGGCGAAUGGAUCUGGGAUGCUCCAGAAAACCAGGGCCCAUAUUCGAAACUUGUGCAUACGGACGCAUCUCUUUUCGCUGUUGGACACAAUACCGACACCUUCGGCCUUCAUCUCGCGUCAAUCGACCCGCAAACAGGCUCGACCAUUCAGACAGCAUUCAAACACUUGGCGCCACGUAUCUCAUCUUUCAUAGUAGUGGCUGACUUGGCUGUCUGGAUCGAGCCUGUCGUGCAGAGUCUUGAAUUCUUGCAACUGAUCCCGUCGUUGCAAUCGUCAAUACGAGUGGAGAAGGAACUCAAGUGGAUGGCCGUCGUCGAUGUAGAUCUCCAGAAGCAGGGUCUCUUUGUGGGGGUUUUAGCAAACGGAGACGCUAAAGUGUUGAAAGUGAAGGAGGGCGGCGUCAUCGAGGCAGUCCAUACAUUCCCUGCCAAUGACGGACCACAGUCAAUCUUUUCGGGUGGUUUGGACAAUCAGGGCAACGCUUUCAUCGCGCGCUUGUGGACCACGAUAGAUAGCAGGACCCGCGUCGAAAUUUAUAGCCCAGCUCAAAAUCUUGUCCAAUCCACGUUCCUGGUCAAUCCGCACCGACAAGGGACUGUCACACAUCUUGGUAUUGACAGGACGAGACUGGCAAUCACGACUUCUACCGGUUCUAUCCAGCUAUGGGACAAUGAACAGCUUCUUUGGACUCGUGAAGAAGGCCUUGCAAGCAUUGAUGUAGCUGCCUUGGUCGAGCUGCCCCUUCCUGAACGUAUUGCCCACGUCGCUGCAAACGAAUCGUUUAUUUCUCGCCUUCUGCGACAGAUCUCUGACACUAAGGACUUUCCCGCAUAUGCUGCUGCUUUUGCUCAACGUUUCGUGGGUGGAGUAGAAGAUGCUGUAGCGACUACGGUCGAUGCACCUCUCAUCCGGGAUUCGUAUGGCUUCCGGCAAGUUCUCGUUGUGGCAACUGCAUACGGCUCUGCAUUUGGCAUCGACACUGCGAAUGGAGCGAUCAUUUGGACUCGAGUUUUCGGGCUUGGCUGGGCCGGUGCAGAUGUCGGUGGCUCGGUACAACCACUCAAGAUAUUUGUUUUGAGCGGUGAGGGAGAAAAGAAGGAUGCUGUGAUUGUUGCGCUGAGGAAGGCAGAUAACGGCCUCGUUGAUACUGUAGUUUUCAGAAUCGAUCCUCUGACUGGCCAGUCAAUUACUCCUGUCGAAAAGGAUACCGAACAACUUUUACAAGGAGAAGACCUCAUCCGUGGACCACUUGUAGCAGCAUUUCCACUCCCAAGUUCCGACGUCAUUCUCCUAAUCGAUGAAUAUUUCCAAGUCAAUCCCUACCCGGCCACUGAAGCAAGCGACAAACUUGUUGCCAAAGUUGCAUCGAAGAUGUUCUUGCCAUUCCUGCAGAGUUUCCAAGAUGGUCCACGAGUCGUUGGUCAUGGCCUGAAGCUCGACGAAAAGCUUUCGGACAAAUACCUUGCCUAUCGAACGUGGGGCUUGAAUCUUCCCCGCGGUGAGAUAGUAACGCGGCUGAUCCGACCUCAAGUUGGACCAGUGGUGUCGUAUGGCAAGGUCCUCGGCAAUCGAACAACACUAUACAAGUACCUCAACCCGCGGAUGUUUGUGGUGCUCACCCAAAGCACCGACACAGCCCCUGAGCCAGGAUGUGGACUGUACGUUGUGGAUGGAGUCAAAGGCAGCGUGUUAUAUUCUGUUGCACUCCCCGCAAACGGAGAGGCGGUUUGUGAUGUCCAGGCAACGUUUACAGAGAACUGGUUAGUUUAUCAUUAUUACGACGGGGAGGGCAUGGGAACGGGCCAGACCAAGACUUGGAAGAUUGUAACGGUCGAACUGUACGAGGGAGGCUUGGACGAGAAAACGCGCAGCUCCGAUAUGUCUGCGUUUUCUGAAGACCUUCUGCAGGUCGAGCCAUUAGAGCAGUCGUACAUCUACCCCCACCAGGUGACCGCAAUGACGACGACAUCGACCAAAUUCGGAAUAACCACCAAAAAUGUCAUCGUGGCUACACAGAACAACAAAGUUCACGAAAUUCCGCGCAGGAUGCUCAAUCCACGCCGACCAAAAGACCGCAAGCCUACCGCUGAGGAGCAGCAAGAAGAGCACCUACUUCCCUAUGAACUGCUCAUGCCGGAUGACCCGCGGCGCACAAUAUCUCACCAAUAUGAAGUGGCGCGCGUCCGCAACAUCAUUACCGCGCCGGCCUUAUUGGAAUCCACAUCACUUGUGUUUUCCUAUGGUCUCGAUUUGUUUUUCACACGGGUUGCGCCAUCAAGCACAUUCGAUGUUCUCAGCAAGAGCUUCAAUAAGGCCCAGUUGGUGUUAACGGUCUUUGGUUUGGGCCUGGGCAUUGCCAUAACGCGGCCGAUGGUGAGGAGGAAGCGUUUAAGGGAGAGUUUGACUACACAUGCCUGA